AUGAUGGUCACCAGCACCACAGAGCCCACCACGACAGUCGACAGCACCUCUGGGCCCCCCACGAAGGACACCAGCACCUCUGGGCCUACCACGACCGUCACCAGCACUACAGGGCCCACCACAAUGGUCGCCAGCAGCUCUGGGCCCACCACAAUAUCCUCCAGCACCUCUGGGCCCACCACGACAGUUGCCAGCACCUCUGUCCACACCUCGACUUUCACCAGAACCUCUGGGCCCACCACGACGGUCACCAGAACCUCUGGGCCCACCACGAUGGUCGCCAGCACCUCUGGGCCCACUACAACAGCCUCAAGCACCUCUGAGGCCUCCACGACGGUUACCAGCACCUCUGGGCCCACCACGAUGGAUGACAGCACCUCUGGGCCCACCACGACAGUCGCCAGCACCUCUGGGCCCACCACGAAAUACACUAGCACCUCUGGGCCCACCACGAUGGCCGACAGCACCUCUGGGCCCACCGCGACAGUUGCCAGCACCUCUGUCCACACCUCGACUUUCACCAGCACCUCUGGGCCCACCACAACGGUCGCCAGCACCUCUGGGCCCACUACAACUGCUUUCAGCACCUCUGGGCCCACCACGAUGGUCACCAGCACCUCUGAGCCCACCAUGACGGUCGCCAGCACCUCUGGGCCCACCACGAUGGCCACCAGCACCUCUGGUGCCACCACGAUGGUCGCCAGCACCGCUGGGCCCACCGCGACAGUCGCCAGCACCUCUGUCCAAACCACGACUGUCACCAGCACCACAGGGCCCACCACGACGGUUGCUAGCACCUCUGUACCCACUACAAUGGUGACCAGCACCUCGGGGCCCACCGCAAUAGUCACCAGCACCUCUGAGCCCACCACAACGGUUGCCAGCACCUCCGUGCCCACCACGACACACCUCUGGGCCUACCACGAUGUUCGCCAGCACCUCUGGGCCCACUACAACUGCUUCCAGCACCUCUGGGCCCACCACGAUGGUCACCAGCAGCUCUAG